AUGGCGAGCAGCGCAAGGGUUCUCGCCGCAGCGAUGGCCUCGCUCGUCGUCUUGAUGCUGCUGCUGUUCAUGCCCGGCGGCGCGUCCGCCGCCGGCACCGUCGUCCCCAGCAUCGACGCGACACGGACUCGACACCUGCCGCUGCCGCGCGGACUGCUGCGUGGUCCCGAAAGCGUCGCCUUCGACGCGAAAGGCCAAGGCCCUUACAGUGGUGUCUCCGACGGGCGUGUCCUCAGGUGGAACGGCGACAAGGUCGGAUGGACGACGUACACCUACAGCCCCGGGUACAGCAGCGAGGCGUGCACGGCAUCCAUCCUUCGCCCGGAGACCGCCACCGAGAGCCAGUGCGGCCGCCCGCUCGGCCUCCGGUUCCACCUCAAGUCCGGGUACCUAUACGUGGCCGACGCCUACAAGGGCCUUAUGCGGGUCGCGCCGGGCGGCGGCGAGGCGACGGUUCUAGUCACGGAGGUUGAUGGCGCACCUCUACGGUUCACCAACGGGGUGGACGUCGACCAGGUGACCGGCGAGGCCGGCAUCACUUACCCCAACGGCCUCGCCAUAAGCGCUGAUCGGACACAUCUCGUGAUCUCAUCGACCGGGCCAUGCAAGUUGCUGAGGUACUGGGUCAAGGGUCUCAAGGCAGGCACGAUCGAGCUAUUCACUGAUCUUCCUAGCUAUCCCGAUAAUGUGAGGCCCGACAAGAGAGGAGGAUAUUGGGUGGCACUGCACCGUGAGAAGACGGAACUCCCCUUUGGUGUCGAUAGUCACCUACUAGCAUUGAGGAUCAACAUCGAUGGGGAGAUAGUCGAGGAGAUGAGAGGACCCAAGAGCGUGAGGCCGACCGAGGUGGUGGAGAGGAAAGGCGGCAGACUGUUCAUGGGAUCCGUCGAGCUUCCUUACGUGGCCGUUGUCAAACGUACGUGCCAUGGUUGUGAAAAUAAUGGAAGUGGCGAGCAUAUGAAGCACCCCAAGGAUGCUUCUGAGUACACGGGUGGUCAUGUGAGGGACACAUGUUUUUUGCCGGCACCUGGAUUGCCCCCCAUGGAAUACCCUGUAGGCGACGAGGAUGAACUGCAUCGCGCUGAGGAGGCUAGGUUAAGAGCCGAGCUCACGGCCUAUGAGGAUGCAAGCUUUUUUGAAAAGUUCAAGGGCCCCCAUCCGGGCCCCUUUCUGGUCAGAGAACCUCUUGUUGAAACCGAAGAAAUGCGGCAGCUGUGGUUGGCUUUAGAUGGGGCCUGA